GAAGACCACUCUCUCAGGCGGAUCGACACCCCGUCGAUUCACUCUCCCCGCGACGACCAUCAGACUGAAGAGAGAGCCAAGCUCCUUGACGAGAGUUUUGCCUUUCUGCGGUACAGGUCACCCUCUCCCGACUUUUCCUGCCCAGGGCUCCCAAAAGGCACGCCUUUGUUGUGCGUUUGCCAUCGCCUCGCCACCCCCGGUCUUGUCCCCUUCUCACGACUACCCUUACGACCCCCGAGACUCCGUUCUCUCUCUUUUCGAGAAGGAGCGGACUCUGAACACCGCAGUCGCGCCGCCUGCUUGUGUGGCGACUUCUGCGAUCUCGCCUAGACCCCGUCAAAUGCCCGUUCCGGUCCCUAGAGUUUACAAGCAACCCGCCCAUUCCGUCAAGAAGCCCCGCAUCGUCUCCAACCCUCUGCAAAGCCUGACUUGCUCCCUGCCAGUCUCUCCUCCCGGGCCUCCUCCCUCCUUUGGGACCCGCGAGGAGUGGAUCAACUCGCUGCCUACGUGGAGGAGGACUAAGCCGCGCCACAUUUGGGAGGAGGACUCUCGCCUCGCCGGUGCCCGUGCGGAGCCGGGUUUUCACAGUGGGUUGGCAGUUGCGCCGAACGACGCACCUGCUAUUAAAGGAUCUCGCGCUGAAGCGUGUAUUCCGCCCUUGUCCUCCAUGUUUCCCGCCGAGCCUCUUGGCUUCGAGGGAGACGCCGACGACGAAAUGAGCUCAGACUAUUCGCUUGUGGAGAGGGUCAGCAACGACCGUGACUCGGACUGGAGUUGCAGCUCCAUGGGGAUGGAUGUGGACUAUCAUUCUCAGGCGGAACUCAGUGUUUAUUCCCCGCCGACAAUCAUCACCCACGGCUUGUACGAGCGUGGCGCGUUCACCCCCGUUUUUGAGGACCAGUCUCCCGGCGUUUACAGUGGCCCUGACCAGUCUUCGAGCCCCAUUGGUCCAGUCACUCCUUUUGGCGAAUACGUCGACCGUGUGGUCGCCGAAGGUGCCAAGUCUCAAGCGGAGUUGCCAAGCUCUGCCCCGCCGUCUUACGAUGGGCAUACUUUCGAGAGCAGUGCCGACGCUCGCGGGCAGAAGAAUGUCGCCGAUUCUGCUCCGGCUCCUGAGGUCGUAACGCCAACCGCCACUGUUGGGUACCGAAAGCUCGCUGAGCCGCUGGCUGAUUGGGUUGCCAAUUAUGUUUGGAAGGCCUGCACGACCGGCUUCAGUCUUCCUCCUGCCUUCAUUUGUUCCUCGGUCCCUAUGAAACCGCGUGCGAGUUCACCGCCAAGCUAUCUCGCCAGUGCCGUUCAUUCGCUGCUCCUGUCAACGUUGCUGCAGCCAUCAGCUGUUUUUCUUGCUCUGUGGUACAUUGUGCGGCUCCCGGUGUGCUACGAUGCAGCGCCGUUGGGACCCGCCUUUGGCAAGGAGUCGAUCUUUAGGGCACAUCUGCUCGGUAUGGGCUACGAUCAAGAAGCCAGUGAAGCCUCGGCCCCUUUCCGGUUGGUCGUGCUCGGAUGCAUGCUUGCGAACAAGUGGCUCGAUGACCACACGUUCUCGAACAAGACUUGGCACUCCAUCUCGAACGUUCCCAUCCACAUGCUGAACAAGCUCGAAUCUCUGGCGCUUGACAUCUUCUGCUAUGAUCUCAGUGUUUCGACCUCCGAUUGGUCGAAGUGGCUGACACAUCUGAUGUCAUACCACCAGCUGCUUGCGUCGCCGAUGCUUGGUCCCACUGGACUGGGUCGCCCUCAGCCGAUCUCGCGACCGUCGACCACUCCGCAUGGCAUUAUUCGUCGAGCACUCGAGGAUAUCAGCCACGCACGGAGUGGUGCCGAGCCGGUGUUUAUCGGUCUGGAUGAACGGCGACGCGAUCGGAUAGAUCGUGACAAUGCUUCGGCUGUUGUUCAGGAGAUUGACUUGGACGAAGAUGGGCCUUUGAGAGAGGAAUAUCUGCCGAAACGUCGGAGCUCGGGAUCUAUCCGGAGUUUCGACGAGGACGUCAUACAUGGGCAGAAUCAGCUCCCACCACCGGCGCCCUGGAGUCCCGCUGGAGAUGAGCCUAUUCUGCGGGACCGCAACCGAGUCAGUGGUCAUUAUGUGGCAGUUCAAGCGCCGCUCAUGGUGUCGUAUCCGGCUGCACCCGCCGUCUUCCACCACCACAUGGCCCACGAUGGUCAGAACCAGAACUGGCCCCCCGCGCCGACGAGCUAUGCUCCGGCCAAGCCUGCCGCGGUCGUUGGCUACAUGUUCGACACUGCGGUGUACCCGUUCGUUCCCACGCAUGCUGUGCACGGCCACCAUCGCUCUCAGUCUCUUUCUUAUGAUCAAGAUAAUACACACUCGCGUAAUCGCCUGCGGUCCUGCUCCCAGUCGCUGGGAUACCAUGCACGUGAUCCCCACGUGGCUAUACCAGGGAUGGAUCCGCGGGUGCAAUGUCACCACUGGGCCCCGGCGCCAGCUCAUUACGGAUAUCCUGGGCUGUGGGUUCUCUGAGCUAGAAGAUUCCCCCUCCGCAUGCAUGCCUUUCUGACACAUCUAUCAUACCGCCAACCUGUACUAUUCUGCUUCCCGUCGUCUGUCUCUUCCCGACCCGACUCGACCCAUCUUUGGCCCCGGACAUAUCCAUCCUGUCUGAAGGGGCCAUCCAUCCAUCCAUCUGACUGCUUCGAAUCUGUCGAUUUGCCACGGACUCUGGCGGGGGCAUUCCCACGCUUGUGGCUCGCCUCGCCUCUGCCAGUUGCCUCUUUCGUGUUGUCUGGUAUUUAUACACCUGCCUUUCUCUUCGCUCUCUGCGUUUUUUACCUACUAUCCUUGUAGGGCUCCAUGGGAGCCACCAAAAAAAGCGCAAAAUCGUUACAGAAAACCCAAAAAAAAACAUAUCUUCCUUCGCCCGCCACCCACUUUUACCCACCUAUUUACCUACCUGCCGCACUCCCUCCAACCUCCCUCCUUUCCGCUGUACUCGCGUACGUAGUUUCAUGCCUUGGGAUGUCAAGAAUACCACAUUCUGUUCCCCCACCAAAAGUAAAUGAUAAAGUAUGUUUUGGUCCAGGUGGGAAAAGCAUGGAUUGGUAUUUAUUUGUGUGGUCAGUACAGGAUACAUUUGAUUCGUGUGCUAUCUACAGGCGGACAACCAAGAACGGGACCUCGACGUCCUCGCCCUCCUCGUCGACGACCAUCACCUCCGCGAGCAGGUGUUUGGUGUGCGGAGGAACGGGCUUCUUGCUAACGGUCUCGACCAGCUUGCUGAACUUGAGCGGCAGCCGCUCCUCGCUCUUCUUCUUGGGCAGGAACCCGCUCCAGAGCAUGCUCACGCCCUGGCUCAUCAUCGUCAGCUCCAGCUUGUGCUUCUCCUGGAACCAGGUAAUAAUCUCCUUCAGCGUCGGGUCGUUGUCGAACUCGAAGCGGUCCCAGAGCGUCCAUUCGGUCUCCCCGUAUUUUUGCUUGGCAGGCGCAAUCGGCUCUGAGAACCCGAAGAAGGGCAGCGCCAGGUUUACAAAUCCGUUCUUGUAGUCGUCCAGCUUCGUCUUGCCGUCGAUGAGCUGUGCGAUUAGAUGAGCUUGUAUAGCUCGAGACAGACCAGCCCGGUGACGAGCGCAGUGGUUGUGGCAAUAGCGGGGAUGAUCUUGCCGGCGAUCUGCUUAAUCUUGUGGCGUUCGGCAACAGCGAUGCUGUAAUUGGUCGCGCGCAAGUUCGCAGACGCAGCGAUGAAGUCGAUGUGGAAGUUGCUGUCGUCGUCCUUCUCGAAGUCGACCGGGUUCAGCCGGUACCCUGCCAGAGAUGACGGAGCGGGCAGCUUGGAGACCAGUUCCCCCAGAUCACCUGCAGCGAGUCAGGAUCUAGGCACCACAGAUCGCAGCAAACACACUACUGGCCUUCGUCUCCCCCAGCCGGGGCAGUCGGGUCGCUGUCGUUAAUCUGGAUCUUGACCCCGCUUUUGGGUGAAAACUCGGGCACGAUCACAGCAUCUGCAACUUUGCGGAACACUGCCGGAUCGGUCUCGCCGCGCAGCCCGUAGUUGAAUGCAUGUAGAUUCGCAGCGGAGAUGAUGAAUUCAAGGUGCAGUGGCUGUAAUGAGGUGUAUUCAUCAGAGACGGGGAUUUAUAUCACACGCGAACAACACACAUCGCUCGAAUCGAACUGCAGAGGCUCCGGAGCUCGCUUGGGUCCGCUCCAGAACAGCUGCCCGGUGCUCGUCAGCGAGUCUUUCGGCAGGCUGAACAAGAGCUGCUUGAUGUCGUUGGUGAACUUCUCCUCGAAUUUGUGCCGCGCCCAGACGAUGCACUCUUCGAAUGUGAUCGGUUUGUCGGUGACCAAGAAUGAGUGAAUCUGCUCCACUUGCUCAUUCUGCUGGCCCGAGUACUUGAGCUGCGUCUCGAGAUAGUUCGGCUCCGACAGGUAGGCGUUCACGGCCGACGCGGGAUCCACAAACAUCUUGUCAAACUCCGUCCGACUCCACUGUAAUGAGUCGUUAGUACCAAGCGUCAUCUUGCAGUGCCUAUGAUCCUUACCUCGAUCGUGUGCUCUAUAGCAUUAGGGAAGCUCUUGACGGUACACAUCGGGAUCGACUUCUCAGGCGGAUCCUGAGACGAGGCAUACGACUCGGUCAAAUGGGGGACGACAACUUGCACGUUGCCCUGGGUUCCCAGAGUCCCCGACUCGAGCAGAGGCUUCUUAUAGAACACACAGCGCUGGUCCAUGUAAACGCGGGCUUUGAGAUUGUCCAGUGCGUUGGUCACUCCAUCGAGGCUGCUGAAAAAGUCCUCGUCGUAGAUGUCUGUGACGGUGAUCAGAAAUUCAGCCCAGUCAAAACACUAUCACUGACUCUCGGUAUCCGGGCCAACGGCAUCCUGCCUCGCUACGAUCUUGCCCUUGAGAUCAGGGUUCAUAUCGGCAACGGCAGCAGCAGCAACCUCCGAUUUGAAUUUACCGAGAUCCUUUGCCCGGAACAAGAACUGUCGGUUUAGGUUACUCUUCUCGAUCGUAUCCAGAUCCGUGACCUGGAUCUGUCCCUUGGGUCCUGUGGCCAAACCCAUCAUACUCCAGUUCUUCAGCAUCUCGCACCCAAUGGCGCCGGAGCCAACCAAGAAUUCACGGAAGUUAACCACCUUCUCGUGGAACGUCUUGCCAAACACGGCGAUCUGCGCGUCGUAACGCGAGCCAAUCGGCUGGCAAUCGGCCUCCGUGGGAAGCGUCGAGGGCAGCGAUUCGAGAGAGUCGAAGUACAUAUGUUGCAGCAUCGGGUGGAAUUUGCUUGUGCAGGCUUUGAGCACCUCCUGUGCCACAAAUCCUCCGAUAACUGCGACGAGCGGGGGAACGUCGCCACUGGCUUGGUAAGCAAGUUCGGCCAACGUCUUCUCGUCCAGUUCAGGCUCCAGUUUCUUCGCCAGGACAGCCACCUGCGCAGCAUCUUCCGCAUUGCGCGGCCGAGGAAGACGUCCGUUCUGCUGCUUGUACUCGGAGACCGCCUGGAAACCAGCGUGCAGAGUUGCAAGGCGCUCGAACUUGGCAAAGUCUGUGAUGAAGUAUUCUGGUGUCUUCAGCGACUCCUCGAGGGAUUUCUGCAGGAAGGUCAGGACGCAGUCAGCAUUGGAGAAUCGGGGGAACAUACAAAUGCGAUGGUCUUCGGCAUCUUGACUUGAGUGAAGAUUCCACCAGCCUUGUAUCCAGACAUAUUGGUCGUAUCACCAAUAGAGAAAGUGUACGGGCCCUUGACAGUAACUUUCCGGGGUGUACAUCCGUUGAGCUCAGUCAUGCCCUGCACUUCCGCAAAAGUAACGUAGUCGCCAUCCUCUAGUCCGUGGCGGGUCUCGUCCAGGCAAGUUACUAAUCCGUCAGCAGACUAGAAGGAAAGUUCAUUCGUACGCAGCCAAAUCAACAAAAGAGCUGAUCUUUCACCUGCUCUACCUCGACGAUCAUGCCCGACAAAGGUUGUUGGCCAUUGGUGUCCACACAGACGAAUUCCGGGCCAAAGUCAUUGAACACAGACCUAUCAUGAGCGACGAUUAGCAAAAUGAACAACAACUGGGACUCCAGAUCUUCACCCAAACAGACCGCGCGUCUCAGCCGCGAUGAAAGCAACGCCAUUCUUAUGUGUCCAAGCGUUGAUCUCAAGCUGUUUGCUCCACGACGUGUUGCACAGCACAACAGCCUGAUCGUAUGGAGUUAGUACACCUUAGCGCUAUAACCGUGUCAAUAGCAGCGCACCUGGAAGCCCUGAACGAGCUCUACCGAGACCUCCUGCCCGGCACUGCCCCCCAAGUUUCGCACAGGGACGUACGCGUUCAAUUCGGCUAGUCGCGGGAGCGUCGCCUCGGCGCGGCUCUUCCCAACAUCCUCUGCGCGCAGAAAGAACUAAACGGUGUUCAGAUGGCGUUCGACGCGUCCAGAUGACGGAGACAUCUCACUUGCGAGCUGAGAUCUUGCAGCGUGACUGGUUCGGGAUCGAAAAUCGUAACAGACUUGACCCCGGCCAGGCAGAUAUCCUUGGCUAUUCAAAGUGGCAUCGGACCGAAGGACCCAUGGACGGAUGAGAGAGAAUGGACGCACCGAUUUCGACACCAAGUCCCUGCAUGCCCACUAUGAGAACAUUGGAAGUGGCCAUCUUCUUCAUCGCUAGACACGUCUAUGUGAUCCUGCUCAAAGCCCGCAUACUGCUAUUUGGGCGUACCUUCAUGGCCCAAGACGUAUCUAAGAAUCCAAUGAACACGCGAGGCCACCACGGAUAUGUGUGGAAACUUACAGUUGACGCGAGUACAAGCUCUCAUCGAUGGUGGGCUCAUCGACAUCCAUCUUCGUGUCGACUUUGGAUGAGGUCGCCAUCGUAGCAGACGGAUUUGGUUGGUAUUAGUGUAGUUGGUGGUUGCGGGUGGAAGUCAGUCGUAAGGGAACCAAAGAUCGGGACCGCUUUUGAUCAGCACGUGAAGCCCUUCGGUCACCUUCAGUUACAUUCUAGCACAUCUCCUCAAUACUACUUGAAUGACUUUUCAUGAUUGUACUGACUCAGCA